CAUUUGUUCUCUUAUAAACAAACAAACCCCUCACCCACACUUCACAAUUCAUUCACGUUUUCAUUAUUCUCUUCUCUCCUCCACUACUUUACCUUAGCAAGCAUCACAACAAAUCUUUCUAACCCACCACAAACUACAAUGCAAACCCAACACUUCAUCACUUUGUUCUUCUUCCUUCUUCUUUCUUGCAACACCGUCACUUUAACAACAUCAUCAUCAUCAUCAGAAAAUGGUGACACUUUUGAAUUUGUUCGUCCUAUAGACCGCAAAUUAUUAAGCCUAAAGAAGGAAAAACUAAGUCAUUUCAGAUUCUACUGGCACGACAUAGUGAGUGGAAAAAACCCUACUUCAGUUGCAGUUGUCCCACCACCAAUGAAACUAAACUCAACCACUGCCUUUGGUUCAGUCCGCAUGAUCGACAACCCUUUAACUUUAGGACCACAGUUGAAUUCUAAGAUUGUUGGAAAAGCUCAAGGAUUCUAUGCAUCUGCAUGCAAAGAUGAAGUUGAUUUGCUUAUGGCUAUGAAUUUUGCUUUUACUGAAGGAAAGUAUAAUGGAAGUACACUUACUAUAUUGGGAAGGAAUGCUGUUUUUCAUAAAGUUAGAGAGAUGCCUGUGAUUGGUGGUAGUGGAUUUUUCAGAUUUGCUAGAGGUUAUGCUGAAGCUAAUACUCAUUGGUUUGAUAUCAAAUCUGGGGAUGCUAUUGUUGAGUAUAAUGUUUAUGUUUUUCACUAUUGAUUGUUAAUUAUUGUUGUUGUAAUGUUUAAUUUAUGAUUUAUGUUUGAUACUCAUCAUCAAUUGAGAUUAUUGAAUAAAAAUGAUGACUGAUUGCAUCAGAUCUAUUUUUUUUCUUGUUUUUGAGGGUUUGCUUGUGAAGUUUGACUUCCCUUUUUUAAGGAACA